CAAGUAUGUAAAAUAUUUUAAGUAAAUCUUGACAAACCAUUUAAAAUAUUUUUAGAGGCAACGAGAAUAACACAAUUUUCUUUUAAGUUUAUUGAUAGUUUGAUGAUGGACAUUCAGAACGAGAAGAACCAAGUUUUAAACAUUAAGUUGACCAAACUCAUAGGUCUGUAUCAAAUUUUAGAUCCCGGAACCUUAAAAUGUCGGGGUCGAAACGUCUAUCACAUUGUCCUGGCGUUCAUUGUGGUGUACAUGUUUCUCAUUUCGAUGAUGUUCAACAUCAGUGGUGCAUACUAUUGGACGGACAAUAAACUUAUGAGCGUAGAUUAUUUUUGGAAAGCGGAAAACACGUUGUUCCUAAUCUACAAGAUGUGUAUCAUUGUCUACCACUCGGACGACAUAUGGGACGUAUGUAUGUCGAUCACGCGAUACGAUUUUACAUCGUUCAGCCACCGGGACAGACACAUACUGGACCGUUGGCGAGAACGUUCGGUUUGGUUAACCACUAUGUUUACCAUUAUGUAUUCGUCGACGACGGUUUUUUACUUGGGCAUUUCCUUGGCAUUCCGUAAUUAUACAUUACCGGUAAAAAACCACGACGGUUCGAUAGGGUUUUACUGCCAGAACGUCAUGAAUUUCUAUUUCAUCGCAUCUGAUGAAACGUACAACACACACUAUUUUACGUUUUACUUUGCCGAGGCGUUAUUCGUCAGCUUAUCGUUUAUGUCAUACGUCGUAAUAUCUACACUUUUGAUUACACUGUGCUUUGCCAUGUGCUGCCAGAUGCAAAUGAUUUACAAUGCGUUUGAAUCGGUCGGGCAAAAAUUGAUUUGCGACCCUCAUUCCCCGAUUGGUGAGUACCAUUCUUAAUAAUUUACCAUUUAGUAGUAUUUAUUUAGCUCGCAAAAUUUAGAUAUUCCAGAAAAAUGUGGGUUUAAUUUUAAUAUACCAUCAGU